AUGGAGGUGUGUCCACAGAGGAAAGGAAAAUUACUAUCCAGAAUCAUGUCCAUCCUGAAGAUCCACGCUCGUGAAAUUUUUGACUCCCGUGGCAACCCCACUGUGGAGGUCGACCUGUACACCAAGAAAGGUCUUUUCAGAGCUGCCGUUCCCAGCGGUGCCUCCACAGGCAUCUAUGAGGCUCUGGAGCUCCGUGAUAAUGAUAAAACACGCUACAUGGGCAAGGGUGUGACAAAAGCAGUUGAGCAUAUCAAUAAAACUAUUGCACCUGCACUGGUUAGCAAGAAUGUGAACGUUCUGGAGCAGGAGAAGGUCGACAAGCUGAUGCUUGACAUGGAUGGCACAGAAAACAAAUCUAAGUUUGGUGCUAAUGCCAUCCUGGGCGUCUCCCUGGCUGUGUGCAAGGCUGGUGCUGCAGAGAAGGGCGUUCCCCUGUACCGCCACAUCGCCGACCUGGCUGGCAACCCCGAAGUCAUCCUCCCCGUCCCUGCUUUCAACGUCAUCAACGGCGGCUCCCAUGCAGGCAACAAGCUGGCCAUGCAGGAGUUCAUGAUCCUCCCUGUUGGAGCCAGCAGCUUUAAGGAGGCCAUGCGUAUUGGUGCUGAGGUCUACCACAACCUGAAGAAUGUCAUCAAGGAGAAAUAUGGCAAGGAUGCCACCAAUGUUGGGGAUGAGGGCGGCUUUGCCCCCAACAUUCUGGAGAACAAAGAAGCUCUGGAGCUGCUGAAGAAUGCCAUCGCCAAAGCCGGCUACACGGACAAGAUUGUUAUCGGCAUGGACGUGGCCGCUUCUGAGUUCUACAAGGCUGGCAAGUACGACCUGGACUUCAAGUCCCCAGAUGACCCCAGCCGCUACAUCUCCCCUGACAAGCUGGCUGAUCUCUACAAGAGCUUUGUCAAAGAUUAUCCUGUUGUUUCCAUUGAGGACCCCUUUGACCAGGAUGACUGGCAGGCAUGGACCAAUUUCACAGCCAGCACCAGCAUCCAGGUGGUGGGAGACGACCUCACCGUCACCAACCCCAAACGCAUUGCCAAGGGUGUGGCCGAAAAGGCCUGCAACUGCCUGCUGCUGAAGGUCAACCAGAUCGGCUCGGUCACAGAGUCCCUGCAGGCCUGCAAGAUGGCCCAGAGCAACGGCUGGGGUGUGAUGGUGAGCCACCGCUCCGGAGAGACGGAGGACACUUUCAUCGCUGACCUCGUUGUUGGCCUGUGCACUGGACAGAUCAAGACAGGAGCACCUUGUCGAUCUGAGCGUCUGGCCAAGUACAACCAGCUCCUCAGGAUUGAGGAGGAGCUCGGUGACAAGGCCCGUUUUGCCGGCCAGAACUUCAGGCACCCCAUCUGA